UGUAUAUUGUGUAAUAUCGUAGCAAUCAGUUUGUGUUUGGAGUACAUAAUAUUAAACGUGGGAUGUUAAUUUUGUUUGAAUGUUUUCUUUGGUAAAAUAUAAAGCCAUAUUAAAAGAUGUGGGAAUUUCAGUGUGAAAAAAAAUGGUUUUAAGUGAUGCGUAUUAAGUGAUGCGUAUUGUGCUAGGUGAAAAUCAGUAGCCAGUGUGCUGUAUGAAGUGAAUGUUUGCUGUUUGCGUACAAGGAUUGUUAGUUCUGAUAAAUCUACAAUAGUGGCUCAGGUACAAGAACAGGGGGUCGGAGCCGGGACGGACACUCCUCCAGUGAAAAAAAUGGGUCGGAAAAAAAUACAGAUCUCUCGCAUUGUUGACGAGAGAAAUCGGCAGGUGACUUUUACAAAGAGAAAAUUUGGGCUUAUGAAGAAAGCGUAUGAACUGAGUGUAUUAUGCGACUGCGAGAUAGCUUUGAUAAUAUUUAACAGUGCCAACAAACUAUUCCAGUACGCGAGCACAGAUAUGGACAAAGUCCUCCUUAAAUAUACAGAAUAUAAUGAACCUCAUGAGAGUCGGACAAACAAAGAUAUCAUUGAUGCUCUCAAUAAGAAGGAGCAUAAAGGUUGUGAUAGCCCUGAUCCUGAAUGUGAUCCCUACAUGAACUCGAUGACCUUCGAAGAAAAAUAUAACAGAAUGAAUGAAGAUUACCAGCGAGUGCUGCAGCAACAGAAUCAAAUGAGGUCACCAAUGUCACCAUACCCACCAGCAGGAGGCUUAUCACCAGGCGGGAUGCCGAUGCACAACUCUCCAUAUAUGAAUCAUACACUCCAAGGCCCUAUGGGUCAACAUAGUCCCGCCAUCAGUAGUCCGGGGCUCUUACAACCCCCUGUUGGUACCCCGAAUCUCAGCCCUAGACCCAACUCAACUGGGAAUAUGGUGGACAUGAGUCACUCUCCUACGCCAAAUGGUUACCACCGAGCUUCACCUUGUUCAUCUCCCGGUGUCAUGGCAACAAAAGGAAUGGCGCGUCAGUCGCCUCCAAUACACGGACGUCCGCCAACUAGUCAUCCUGGCCCACCUCGCCUCAUGGUACCUGAUGGAAGGAACAACAUGAUUAACUCUGAGAUGCAGCACUCACCGGGUGUGCCGGCCGUGUCGAUCUCAACACCCAGUAUUUCACAAGGGACCGGAUAUCACUCACCAGUACCGUCAUAUCACAACAAUGAUUACAGUAUGAAUUCAGGGGACAGUAUGGGGGCUGGUGGCCCUGGGGGCACGAUCCAGCAGAAUUAUAGUCCCCAACCUAGUCCCCAUCACUGGAGUCAGGGGUCACUGACCAGCGGAAUCCCCCCAGGUGGGGGAAUGCAACAAAUGCAGGGGUCAGGACAGGGCAUGGUUAACGCAGGUGCUAAUCAAGUUUCACCUUUACUUAUAAACACAAUGAAUCAUAGACUUAAUAUAAAGAGCGAGCCUAUAUCGCCAACACGUGACUCACACACACCAUCUAAUCACCUGAGUUUACGACCCCUAUCUCAGAAUCAAGGUCAUUUGUCACCUGGUCAUGUUUCUCCACAUCUUUCCCAGUCUCCGACGAAUUGUCCGUCGCCGUCUGCCACGAUGCAGCAGGCGCAGCAACAGCAGCAUGCAGCCGCACAGCAGCAACAGCAGCAAGUGCAGCAACACCAACAACAGCAACAACAUUGUGGUGGUGGAAUGUCAGAUUAUGAUGGUCCGAUGAUGAAACGACCGCGAGUAGAAGGAUGGACAACCUAGCAGAUGAAUAAUUGUUCUUUAGGUUGUAUAAAUUAAAAGAAAAAAGAAGAAUGAUUUCCACUGGUUACAGGUACAGGAGUAGUUUGGUAGUGAUGUGGUAGUGCUUUGGGGGUCACAAUGACAUGAAAGUGAUAAACAUGUUUAAAACAUUUAGUAUAAAGUGAUUUGAAAUGUUUUGAAUUUUGGAUCUCUUGUACAGACAUGUUGUUGCUAUUUGUAGUUAUCAUACAUACACUGGAGAUGCUCGGUGACAAACAUUUAACAUGUUGACAGUUUUUUGCUACUUUUUGCAAUGAUAAGGAAUCGUUAUUGUGCUAUUUGUUUAUGUAAAUUAUAAAUGCUUUUUAAUGAUAUACAGAAUAUCACUGUUUAUGGCAUGUACUUUUGCUUACCUCAUUAGUUACUUCCCUUUAUUAGAGUUUACAACAUUGGGUGCCAUUAAACAGAUGUAAACUGAUCAUAGUGAUCUAGAUGCUUUCAUUUUCUUUUGAAGUUUUUGUAGACUAAGUACUGGUCACAGAUAUGUCAAAGCAGUCAUUGAUACCAUGAUGCUCUCAUUACAUUGCUUUUUCACAAGAUCAUUGCAGGUUAAAUGUACUGUUUUCAAGAUAUAGGUAUGAAGGUAGUAAUUCGCUGGAAAUGCCUCAGUGAUACAUUUGAAUGUAGUCUAUAUUGGUAUGUAGUGCCAUUUUCCCACCUAGUAAAGGCCAUUUUCAUGCCAGAUAUAAGCUUUAUUGAUGCUUCAUUGUAAAGAAGAAUGUCUGCAGAUAAUUUUAAGCUACAUUAUAUGCUUCAAAAUUUGUGUCAAAGCUGUUUGGUAAAAUGAAAGUAAAAGUAGGUAUUUCCUGAUGUCUUCAUAUGCAAUAGUAGCAUUUUCAUUAUAUGUCUCAGUCAUGUGACCAUGGUUUCAUAGCAUGGUCAACCCCAUAUUUAUUUGGUAUUUUAAUUGCCUAAAGACUGACAGUAGUCUUGCAGGAAGUGAAAGGCUAGAAAUACUUAUAAAAACAUGUUAUAAAUUGUUAAUUUUUACAUAGAAUAGUAACGAAGGCAUUUAGUACCUUCUAACCUAUAUCAAAUUGAUCAGUUAUGUAGAGGCUGUCUGAUGACAGUGAUAAGUAAUUUAAAGUGAUUGGUUCCAAUAUUUUAGCUAAAGUGAAUAAAGUUACCAGUUAUUAGUUUUCAAAAAAUUCUAGAGUAGGAAAAGUUUAUACCAGAUAUUGCACACAUUGCAUAUGACGCUGAUUACGCAUCUGGCAACAAAUUGCCAUAAUGAAGUUACUGACUGGUAUCCUGUGGAAUUUGUACAAUUGAAUCUUGGUAUCUCGAAUUCAAAGGGAUCAGGCGUUUUACUUUGAGAUAACCGAAAUUUGAUUUAGAAUGAUAUUUUGGGCAAGUGUUUUCAGGACGGGUCUUGAAAAUGUCUUCGAGAUAGCCGGAAAUUUGAGAUAAACAAGCUGUAGAUACUGUGUUUCAGCUGUAUUUGAUAAAGUGCUAAUGAGGGAAAGAAAAAAUGAUUUUCUGUGUAGAUUUAUUCCCACUACAUAUAUGAUGUGUUAUACAUGCAACAGUGGUUUUAUUUUUUUACCAUUUCAAAUAUUAUUGAUGUAAUGUAGUAAUUUUGCACAGUUAAGUUGUAUCUUGUUAAUAGUAUGUUUGUAAAUCCCAUAAGUUAGUUACAUUCCUGCUAAGUGUCAAAAUAUGUUAUCAUAACAGAUAAGCUGUUUUGGCGCUUACCAAGGUAAAUCAGUGAUAUUGACAUUUUGUUGUUAUAUACAUGUGCCUUGUACUGCACACAGUGCACUCAGUAUUAACGUGAUGCCUGUCCCCUACGGCUGCUCCUUAAAUGACGCCUGCUUUUCCUGCCCAUCAAAUAAUGGUUGGUUCCAAACAUGCAUUUUAUUUACCAUCAGACCAAAUGUGAAAGCUGUUUUUUUUUUUUGUUGUUGUUGUUUCAGGAUUCUUUGAAAAUUUCACAAUAAUGUUAAGUUUUAGGCAAGAAAAAUGAUGCAUGUGUGUCUGUGUAUGUAAGACAGGUAUUUCCUGAUCCUAGGUAAAGUACAGAUAGUCUGCAUGUGCCACUGGUUCUGGAAGCUGUCUUGCACAAGCAGACAUAAGCAUCAUUAUACUGUUGAGAAGAGGCCAUGUUUUCUUACAGUCUUAAAAGGAAUAAAUCCAACCAAGAAACUGAAGGCCAGACAUUGUGAAAGCACUUUUAGAAUCUCUAUGAAAGGAAAAGUAGAUUUCUUUAUUGGGGCAACCACAUAUCAACCCCUAUGUGCACUUACUGUUUGUUAUUGUUGAAAUGUUAUGUCUUGUUGAUUUAUUCACACCAUGUAAAUAGCUUGUUGAAUAUAUUCAAAUUCCAGCACUAUCUGUACUAAAGUACUUCUGAUGUGCAGUUUGGGGGUGAGAACCAAUGAUUGGUGACAUCCAUACCUCAGUUUACUAGCUCUGGUUGCAAGGUUAUCAAAUUUGAGUUUGGAGACCAGACACAGAAUGCGACAUUGCCAUUGGCCAAUUUCAAAAUUGAGUUCAGAAUUGACCAAUCAAAUUGAUUGUAUUAUGAGACUGGUUCUCCAAACUUGGUUUUAUAAUGUUAGACCUUUGAAGUUGACCAAGCAGUGUCUUAAUGCUAUCGGUAUAUUUAACUAAACUAAAUUUGUAUAACAAUGACAGAACAAUGCAGGAGAGAAAACACUUUACAAAUUACAUACCAUGUAAUUAAAUCAUUUUAGAUUGUUUUUAUUUUGAUAACUUUAUCUACAGUUAUACCUUUUAGCACAUCAUACCUAUUUUUGUAGUUUAAAUGUGUAAAUAUAUGAUAAAAUUUUAACUAUUUAUAUGAUUUUUACAUAUUACUGAAGACCUGUUGAACUGUAUGUUAAAACAAGCCCUGGAAAUCACUUUAACUUUUCAUUGACAAAUCUGAUUGGGGUUAUGUAAAAUCAAAAACUUUUGGUGUAAUAGGAAAAUUCAAACAGAUUUAGGUGUCAUCUUUUUUGCAGUUUUAACUGCAUUUAUACUAAAGAGAAAAAAUAUUUGUCAUUUGUCAAGUGCCUGAGUUUUGAAAAAAAUGAGGGUUCUUAUGAAAUUAAAAAUAAUUAUGCUCAAAUAAAUUAUGUGAUAAAAAAUUUGACAUUAAGAUGUAUACAACAAUCAAAAUAAGAAAUUGUUACAGAUAUAUUUAUACCUUUCAGGUUUGUAAGAGAUAUUUACCAAUAAAAUCUAAAUAUUAUUAUAUGUACUUGGUGAUGUAUAUGAAAAAUUAUUUCACUGUUGGAUUUCAAACUUGGUAAACAGGCCGGAAAGUGCUGGUGAAAUGUUGUUCUGGCAACAGGAGCCUUAAGUUGAUGAAGAAAACAUAUUAUAAGAAAAUAAUUGACUUUUUUUCUAUUUUUUUUUUGACACUAAUUGGAGUGAUAAAUUUAUAACUUGUAUUUGUACAUGGAUUGAAAUGCCGAAAUCAUUGUUUUCUCAUCUCAGUUUCGUGUGAUUUAAUUGUAACGAUAUGACUUUGUCAGAAUUUUGACUUCAUAUUCACUUACUGCUUAACAUAUAAUUAUCCUCACAGAACUUUUCUCCUGUUAUAUCUGUUUAAUGUUUUGGUACAAAGUAUUUUAGUCCAAGCCCAAUUGUCUAUUUUAACAUCAAACGUAACUUUUUAUUUAAAAUUUUAAAAAUCUGAUGCCGUUUUGUUACCUUGACAUUUUUUUAUAGACAUUUUAUUGAUCUCGGCAUUUUUUGACUUCACACACGUAGUGCCCAAGUGCAAAACAUUGAGUAACUAUAAGCAUUUGAUAAACAUUGGACAAUGAAUAAAUCAAAGUAUCAAUAUUUCAGGUUUUUAUCCACCAAAAUUAGUGCUACAACUUUCAUGUAGAAUAUUUUUGCAACUCAGAGUAAGCUUUGUGGAAAGAUACUGCGUGAAAUGUAUAUCUGAAGGAGUAGAAAUAUUUUCUUUUAUUUCUAUUACUUCAGUGCAUGUUCGUGCAAAUUUAAAUGUGAAAUAUGGUAACUAAAGCAAAAAUCGUACAAGAGAUACUGGGAUUGCACAUUUGUGUUUUUAUCACUUGUAUACUUAUAGUCACAUGAAGAUCUCACUGUGUAAAUAGACUGGCUUUUAUUUAGUGUAAAAAAUUGUACAUAAAAAAUAAGCUAAAUAAUGUAUGAACUUAUAAAGUUAUUGUUUGAUGUAAAAAUUGUUUUUUCUGUUAAAUUAAGAGGAAAAAAGUAUUAACUUACAAAGGAAUUCAUUAAUGAUUGUUUCAUAUUUCAUUAAUACAUUUGAUUUAUGUUAAUUGAAAAAUUUAUAUCAAUACGUAAUUAAUCAUUGACAUUUUUCUAAUUGAAUAGAUAAGCUAAACCUGUGUUAAGUAGCCAGGAAAAGCAAAUACACAGUCUGGCUGCUUAAGGCAAGCAGAUGCUUAAGACGUGUUGAAAUUAGAACACAAAGUCAUUAUGGGAAGUAAGCUGACUGGCUGUAUUAGACAAGUGACUGCUUAACCUUUAUCAUGCUGGACACGGUUGAUUCUGCCUUUGGGACCAGUGUAGAUCAUGAUCAGCCUGCACAUAUGUGCAGUCUGAUCAUGAUCUGCACUGAUCGCCAUUCAGUCAGUGUCUUUUUGGUAUGCACCCCUUUUAACAGUUAAUGAUACUGUCCAAAUUAAAAGAUGGACAAGUUCAUUAUAGAAAUUUAGCAAGGUAAGGGUUAAUAUAGGUGUCCACUAUAGCAAGUUCAGCUGUAUGUCAAUUUUAUUUUAUGUUGUGGUUUGUUUUGUUUCAUUUGAGUACAGUAUAUAAUGUAGGAUGUUAAAAAAGUUUUGUUUAUAACUUUUGUAAUUUUAAAGUGAACAUGUUUGGUUUUAUAGCACAGCAUUGCAAUAUUGUCAUACCAUACUAUUGGAUUUUUGGCAUGGUAAAAAAUUGGACAGUUUUACCUCAAACUAUACAGCUUUUUUUCUCAUUUGAAUAAUAUUCCCCUUUUAUCAUAUGGCAAAGAACAAUUUUUUGCACCUAAGUACUUUGAACUAAAUUCACAUUAAAACUGUCAUAACAAAAGAUAAAUAUUCAAGACUUGUAAGACAAAAUGAGAAACAGCACCUUUAUUUAAUUCAUUAAUAUUACCGAUGCACUGAUAUCAGUGUAUAUAUUACAGUGUUAGUAUCAUACCAUGGUUUGUUUUUAAAAUUCAAAUUUUGCAGUUCAGUAAGAAUGGUAAGUUAAGCCAAUUAGUAACCUUGUUCUAAAAUAUUGGAAGUAUGUGUACAAAGGAAAAUUCUUGUUCUUUGUCUUAAAUGUUGAAAUGAGCCGUGCCAUGAGAAAACCAACAUAGUGGCUUUGCGACCAGCAUGGAUCCAGCCCAGCCUGCGCGCAGUCUGGUCAGAAUCCAUGCUGUUCGCUAACAGUUUUUUCCAAUUCCAAUAGGCUUUAAAAGCGAACAGCAUGGAUCCUGACCAGACUGCGCGGAUGCACAGGCUGGUCUGGAUCCAUGCAGGUUGCACACCCACUAUGUUGGUUUUCUCAUGGUGCGGCUCAAAAUGGUAAUGGAAAUUGCAGAGUUUUUGUAGAUGAGAAUUAAGGUGAUUCCUCAGCUUCAGUGGUCUGAUAUACCUAUAUACUUAUACCUGUUUGAAACCAGGUGUACGGUGGUAUUUGUCAAAUUAUUGGGUAUGGUUUGGAAAUUUGCCUCUUACAUAUUUUUUGUAAAACAAGCCAAAAGUGUAUGUUUCAUGAACCAAACAAAUUUCCUGCUGGUAGUAGUGUUUGCACUGACACAUUUUUCCAAGUUUUCACAAAUACUUCCCAAGAGCUGAAAAUAUUUUUCAAAGGAUUUGAUAAAUAAAUGAAUAAAUAUCAGAUGAUUUAAGUAAGAGUGGAAGUGUGAAUUGUGCAUAGAAGUAAUGCCAUGGUUUUUUUUAUUAGAGGUUUUUAUACAUUUGGUGCAUUUUAAUACAACUGCAAUAAAGCUGUUAUCCUAGCUCAAGUUACACUAAGAGAUGAAGUUGUCACUUGAAAUAGCUUCUCAUACAAAUUUUUCCUUUAGCAUUUCUUGUCUAUUUUAUUAUUUUUUUUGCUUUACAUCUUAGCACAAAGUGCUCAUAAGCUUUUAGAAUUGUUGAUUGUCUAACAUCCAUCUUUCGUUCACAAUUUCUGUGAAGAACAUCUUCUAAGCCACAAAGCUGGAAUGUUCUUUGGGAAUUCCUUCAAAUCAAGGUCAUCUUUGCUAAAUUCUGGUUGUCAUGGUGACCUAAAGGAAAAACUUAAAACAUCUUCCCAUUUGAAACAGCAGGUUAAUUUUUGAAAUUUUACAGCAAUAUUCUUUGAGUGACAGUUCCUUCAGGUUAUGUUGAUUUGUUAACAACAUGGCUGCAAUGAGCUUGAGCUAGUUAACUGUAAAUAGUUGUAUGGAAAACUUUAAAAUACUCUCAGAAAAUAAUUUUACAGCAAUGUUCUAUGUGUUACCCUCUGCCAGAUUCCUUGUUAUUACUUUAUUUCCUAAAAAGAAAACAUGAUCACCAUGGGGUAAGGCUAGAUCUCUCUAUAAGGCUAUAUGAAAAACUGAAACUUCUGGCCAUUAGACUUCAUGGGAUGAUCUGCUUUUGUCAGUAGCUGACCCCAGUCUGCUUAGGGGUCAGUAGGUCAAGGUCAAAUUUAUUUUGAGACUGUAAGUAUAUUUCUCAUCAGUUUUUAGAGAAAAUUAGAGAAAAUGGCCAUCUAACUUCAGAGGAUGAUUGUCUGUACUGAUAGUUUAUACCUUAUGCUUUGGUAGUACUUAGGGCAAAGGUCAAGGUCACGGUGUAAUUUACAUUCUCCAUAUACCUAGGACAGGUCAGCAUAGGUGAUGUAUGUUUUACAAACAGCUCUUGUUUAAUAUAUUAAGUGCUGACUAGAUAGAGUUGGAACUAUUAAGUUUUUUUUGCUAGAGAGAUUGAAAUUUCAGUAUCUGUGCAUAAUGCAGAAACAUAAAGACUUUACCUAAAAGUAAUAUUGUGAAUGAAUGCUAAAAUUGUCCAGUGUUUUACUUGAUGGUCACUCAACAGGUGCAUUUGCAGGAUUUUAAACAUUAAAAAUAGGUUUUAUCCACAAAAUGGUGUAAAUUUCCAGAAAAAUCAGUGUUCUGAAUUUUGGCACCUCAGGGGCUUAUUGAAAUAUACCUUGUAUAGUCAAUCCUAAAUAUUAGGAUGAAGUCUCAACCUAUAUAAUUGUAACUUAGGACAGUUAGUUGGGUAAGAUGGGGAAAAAAUCAAUAUUUUUGUUUAUAUUGUCCAGUUAACUCUGUUGUCGACAGAAAAAAAUAGAGAUUCUAUUUUACUUUAUUGCCUUGUACAGUUUUAAUCUGGAUUAAAUUGUAUCAUUACUCAUGUUUUUAUUUUUUCAUAACAAGGUCAUUUUGUUUUGAAUUUGUUAGGUCAUUUUAUGUUUUGUAAAUAGUAUGUGUCCAUGUUGUUGUUAUUUACUGUUGUUGUUGUUGUUGUCUUUAUUUCUGAAACUGUAAUAUUCAUAAUAAAGGCUCUCAUCACUUAUUUAGCUAACUGAAAUGGCAAAAUAUGUUAAAAAAAUGGGGAAAAAAUUUAACAUGUUUAGAGAGGUUAAGAUUACAUAUGUGCACAAAGGCUUGCAGGGAAAGGAAUUACUCAAAAUUGGAGGAUUAUAUAGACCGGCCAUUGUUGUCUGCAUAUACCGGUAUACAUGUCUGAAAAUCUUGUGUUUAUAUUUUCACAGAUAAUCCCCUAAAUCCAAGUAGUUGUGAUCCUUUUGUUUGAUUCUCAUUUGAAAACCCUUAAGGGGACACUAGUGACCAUUGGAUACAUUUCUGGUUAAUUUAAGUCACUGGUAAAAGUUGAUUCAUCACUUUUAAAAAAAACUUACAACAUUUAAACAUAUUUUAGUAAGACUUCCAGUUAAUGUUUGAACUAUUGCAACCUGGUGCUUUCGUGAAUAUACUAGUAAACACUAUUUCUUCAGUUGUUCAUAAACAUUUUGAAAUCUUAACCUCUCUCUUUUAACACUGCGUUUUACACAUUACCAUUUAUUAUUGACAGCAUGUGCUUUAAAAGAAGUAUUGCAUAAUGCGGUAUAUCAAAAGAUUUUAGAGAUAAGUUGCAAAAAAUAAUUGCUUAGUGGCAGAUGAUCCCUAGUCAUAUUUUCUGAUCUAAUUAUCACUUAAUAUUUUUUAAUCAGUUAAAGAGUGUCAAUCAAAAAGGAAAGAAUUGCAUGUAUGUUAGACAUAAAAAUAAUAUUGAGCAAUAUAUUUGCACAAUGAUAGAUCUUUUCUUUUUCUGUCUUUCUUUUUUUUGCCAAAAUUGAGCUUACUCGGCUUCCAUUGAUGAUGCAUCUUUUGGGCUUUUUAAUAGUUAAAGUGUCACCAUUUGCUGAUCAUUUUUUGUAUUAAAUUCAUUUAAUUGGAACACUCAUUUUUCAGACUGUAUAUGUACAAAGUAUACUUAAAAUAGUCAUUUUCUUUUUGUCACAAAAUUCAUGUUUUAGUCACGAGUAGUGAGACAGUUUGUAUGCGUUUUCAUUUUUUUUAUUAAAGGGAAUAUGUGUCUAUUUUUUCAAUCAAGUGUGCUUAUAUUUCAAUAUUUUGGAGCUCUAACGUGGUAUCUGUAUAUUCCUUUUAUAGGGAGAUAAGACAUUAUUGCUCCAACAUCUAUAUUUAUCUCAUCCUAAACUUGUUUUAAUUGUGUAUUAUGAAUUGGUAAAUAAAGUCUGUGGUAACUUUAA